CGCGCAAACUUGUAAGCUUAUCGGGGGGAAACAUUGAACGGACAAAAUAUGGAAAAAUAUCCACUUGUCAAAGAAUUUAUGGGGCAAAAUUGGCCAAAAGAUACCAAAAUGGCGCAGCUCGAGAAGGAACUCAAGAAAAGGAAAGAAUUGAUCGUCGAGGAGCAGAUUGUAGGGCCGCGUUUGGAGCAGGUGCUAUUCGACCUGACCUUGGUCAAGCAGUGCGCCUUGGUAGUGGAGGAUAACGGUGCCGGUAUGGCACAGGCCAACACCAUGAUACAGGACUGUAUGUUCCAGAUCACGCGAAUUGAGGAGCUGCUCGAAAUGGCCGGGCUGCAGGACAUCCUCUACUACACGGUGCAUCGCAAGGAGCAGGAGUUCCAGCGCAAAAUUAAGCUGCAGGAGGAUUUGGCCGAGCAAGAGAAUCAGCAGAACACAAUCCUCGAAUCGCGCAGCAUCGUCCAGGAAUUCCGAAAAGAGCAAGCCUUAAAAAAAGAGGCAGAUAAGGAGCUAGCCUCAGUGGACGACCAACUGGACCAGUCGGAUCGCGAGUGGACAAUUACGCUGAGAAGUAUGACGGAUAAGCUUAAUAAGAAGAUAGUCAGCGUUUUACAGAUGGGAAAGCUGAUAAACGAAUUGAAGGAAGAGUUGCAAAAAAGGAAUUUGAUUAAAACGGGUGUCACUAAGGGCGCUGAACCAAGUUUGGCUGGUGUUCCAUCCGCUAGCACCAUUUCACCAUUUCAGUCCGCUUCGGAUUUCCUCAACAACUUCAUCUUUAAGAAUAUCAGACCAGAUGACAAUAAAUCCAUGACGAGCGUGAAUAGAGAGAUCACUACUAAGAAGCUGGAGACUCCUCUGCGAUCCAUUUUGAUCAAAUGCAAGGAGGUCGAGUCUGUUGCCAUUUCCAACUCGCCAACAAAGCAAGUGCGUUUUUCUCCCUAUCCAGAGAUAAGCCAUAUCGAAGAGGAGAAAUUUGAGAAGACCGAUUGGCUUUCUCCUUCAGAAGAGGCAGGUGUCCCAAAUGCGGAAUUAGAAGAGGACAGUGACGAAAUGGAGGCCACAGACGAAGAUUUUGAGGAAAUAUCAGAAGAAGAAUUCGAAAUGGCGCUGAAAGAUGAAGGAUUUGAGCAGGAGGUAAAAGUAGAAAAGUCAGAAGAGGUUUUGCAUCUAGAACAGGAUAGAUAUGAUGAGAAAUCUGGCUCAGAAGUCGAGGAAUCCGUAUCGGAUGACAAGGAAUCCGGAGGGGAGGCUUCAGGAGAGGAGGAGCCGGCUGAUGCGGCCAAACAAGUAAAAAUCGGCGAAAACCCGAAGACUGAUGAGCAGCUAUCCAAUGAAAUUUCCGAUAAACCACAAAUAAUUAGAGUCGACACUCUCUCUCCCUUCAAAAACAUAUCUUCCUGGGCCAGCGACGAUAUACCCAGCACCUCCAAGGGCACUCUUAAUCGUUUUACUGCAACCCAGUUUAUGAACUAUGGUAGCAAUCGCGAUGAAAACGAGGCGCCGCCUUGCAAGCGACUAAAAUUGGAGGAGGAGGAGUUCCCAAUGAGCCAACCAAUGCCGGAUUACUUUAAGCAUCCGUCGUCCACAUUCAACAACUUUGAUGAUCAAUCACUUCGAUUCAGCUCGCCCCACAACAAUUUUGACGAUGAUUACCUGCUGAACUUCAGCGAUGAUAAUGAUGUUACACCUACUGCCGCCUCGGCGUACAUACUUUAAAUUGUUAACGUAUUUUGGUCAAAAAUUAAUGUAUGUUCUUUAUAAGAACGGACAAUUAAUUAAUAUCCAGAUACUUAUUCAUUCAUUGCCAUUUGCAAUCAAAAAAAAUUUCACUUCAGCUAAAUUAUUUGUAGCUUUAUAAUGAAAUUAAUUUGCGUACAUAAUAUGCAUAUGUACAUUUAAAUCAUACGUAUUCAGUUCGAAAGUGCCGUUUCAGACUUAUUCUUCAUUUUGUCGUUGCUUAUAAACUAAUAAAACAAUAAAUUAAGAC